AUGUCAAGCUUCAUUGCGUGUGGAGUUUGUGGAAUCGAAAAAAAGGAGCAAUACACUUGCCCGAAAUGUCAGUUUCGAUAUUGUUCGAUUCGAUGUUAUCGAGCUGAAAAGCAUGCCGAAUGUUCGGAGAGUUUUUAUCAGGUGAGGGGGAAUUUUUGGGGGGAAAUUUUGAAAAUUGCUUUGAGAUCGAGGAAAAAUUGUAAAAUUCAAGAAUUGAAAAUUUAUCGGAUUCUUGAAAAAAUAAAGAUCAAUUCAAAAAUGUUUGAAACAGUAGAUUUUUUUAAUAGAAAAUUUUGACUGUUUCAAAAAUUGUGUGAAAAAUAAACAUUUUUCUGAUUUAUUUAUAGAUCGGAUUUUCGAGGAACUAAAUUUCAGUUGAAAAAUGUUUGAAACAGUAGAAUUUUUAAUUUUGAAAAUGGUCAAAAAUUCGAAUUAAAAUCAGGAAAAAUUGUGAAAUUCUCACUGUUUCAACUGAAAUUUUGAUGAAAACAUUGCUAAAAAAUUGUGAUAUUUAAGCACGAAGUCGUAUCGGAUUUUUCAAAAAUUCAAGAUCAAUUCAAAAAUGUUUGAAACAGUAGAUUUUUUUUUCAUACAAAAUUUUUCACUGUUUCAAAAAUUAUGUUAAAGAUAACAUUUCUCUGAAUUUUUGAUCCUUCGAUUGUGUUUCUUCGAUCGAAUUUUCGAAAAACGAAAUUUCAUGUGUUUGAAACAGUAGAAUUUUUAGAUUGGAAAAUGGUCCAAACUUCGAAUAAAAAUCAGAUUUUCUCAUAUUUUCUGAUCAAAAAAUCUCACAAUCAGUAGAAAAAAUUGAUCGAAAAAUUUUCACUGUUUCAAAAAUAAUGUGAAAAUAUAAAUUUCACUGAUUUCUCAAUUAUUCUUUUCUAAUUCAGGGCUAAUCUGAGAUGAAAUUUGGAAUUUUUUCAGAGUUUCAAACAUUUUCAAACUUGAAAAUUCUACUGUUUCAAACCUUUUUGAACUCAAGUUUAGUUCUUCGAAAAAAACGAUAUAAAAUUUGUUGAGAAUGGAAAAAUCAGAGAAUUGUUUAUUUUCCACAUAAUUUUGAAAUAGUUAAAAUUUAUGAUCAUUUUCUAUGCAAAAAAUGAAUUUGAGCAAAAUAAUAUUAAAAAAUCGGUGAUUUUGUGAAUUCAGAAAAUAGAAAUUUGAUCAGAAAAUUUUCACUGUUUCAAAAAUAAUAUGAAAAAUGAAAAGUUUUCGGAAUUUUUGAUCCGUCAAUUUGUGUGUGUAGAAUAUUUUAGCAAUUUUUAUUACAUUGGAUUUUCGAAAAACGAAAUUUCGGUUAAAAAAUGUUUGAAACAGUAAAAUUUUUAGACUUGAAAAUGGUCCAAAAUUCGAAUGAAAAUCAGGAAAAAUUGUAAAAUUCUCACUGUUCAACUGAAAUUUUGAUGAAAAAAUUGCUUAAAAAUUGUGAUGUUUAAGAACGAAGUCGUAUCGAAUUUUUCAAAAAAUUAAGAUUAAUUCAAAAAUGUUUGAAAAAGUGGAUUUUUUACACUUUUUUUGAUACUAAAUUUUCACUGUUUCAAAAAAAUUUUAAUUUCAAAAAAUUCUUUGAAUUUCCGAUCUUGUAAUUCUGGCAUCUGAAAAUAGUUGAAAAUUCAAAUAAAAAUCAGAUUUUCCCAUAUUUUCUGAUCAAAAAUCUCAUUGUCAGUAGAAAAAAUUGAUCGAAAAAUUUUCACUGUUUCAAAAAAAUGUGAAAAUAUAAAUUUCACUGAUUUCUCAAUUGUUCUUUUCUAAUUCAGGGCUAAUCUGAGAUGAAAUUUGGAAUUUUUUCAAAGUUUCAAACAUUUUCAAACUUGAAAAUUCUACUGUUUCAAACCUUUUUGAACUCAAGUUUAGUUCCUCGAAAAUCCAAUAGUGGGCUUGUAGAAGUUGAAAAAUCAGAGAACUUUUCAUUUUUCACAUAAUUUUGAAACAGUUAAAAUUUAUGAUCAUUUUCUAUGCAAAAAAUGAAUUUGAGCAAAAUAAUAUUAAAAAAUCGGUGAUUUUGUGAAUUCAGAAAAUAGAAAUUUGAUCAGAAAAAUUCACUGUUCCAAAAAUAAUAUAAAAAAUGAAAAGUUUUCUGAUUUUUCGGUGAUUUCUUCAAUUUGGCGGUGUAGAAAAUUUUUAGCAAUUUUGAAUGUUCCACCAGACAUAUCAGAUUUUUGAAGAACUAAAUUUCGGUUAAAAAAUGUUUGAAACAGUAGAAUUUUUAGAUUUGAAAAUAGUCAAAAACUCGAAGAAAAAUCAGAUUUUUCCAUAAUUUUGCUCGAAAAAUUUCAGUAGUAUGAAAUUUGAUGGAAACAUUUUACUGUUUCAGAGUGAUAUAAAAAUAAAAUGUUCUCUGAUUUUUUGAUAACUGGCUUCUACAGAUUUCAACAAUUUUAGCAAUUUUCAAAUCCUCAAAUACCUCAAAUCGGAUUUUCGAAGAACUAAAUUUCACUUCAAAAAUGUUUGAAACAGUAGAAUUUUCAAAUUUGAAAAAAAGUCAAAAAUUCAAAUUUUCUCAUAAUUUUGCUCAAAAAAUAUUAGUAAAAUAAAAAUUGAUCGAAAAAUUUUCACUGUUUCAAAAAAUUAUGAAAAAUAGAAAAUUUUCUGAACUUUUGAUGAUUUCGAUGGAAAUAGACAAGUUCAAAUAAAAGUCACAAAUUUUCAGCUUUUCAGAUAUUUUUCAUCCUGGAAAUCUCAAAAAUCAUCCAAUUUCUUCCAGGAACACGUAAAACGCGAAUUAUCCGGCCAAAAAUUCGAUCAAACCGCAAACACUGAAGAAUACAAGGAGAAAAUGCAGAAAUUUUUGAAUGGCGAUUGGAGUGGAAUUGAAGAAGGUACAUUUUUCGGCUGAAAAUAUUUUCUGAAAAUUGUUUUGUGAAUUUGAAUUUCAGAAGGCGAACCGCUAGAUUCUGAUGAUGAUUUGGAGCCAGGAAAUGAGGAGACUUGGGAAAAAGAGCAUGAUGAAGGAUUGAAGAAGACUGUGCAGGGAACAAUUGAUGAUUAUGAGUUGGAUGAUGGGGAAAUUGAGAGGAGAAUGGUGGUGAGUGGCGGAUUUUUUGCCGAGAUGGGAACUGAUUUAGCGAAAAAUUCAAAAACCUGAGAAAAUUUAGGAAUUUUUUGAAACAGUGAAGAUUUCUAGUUUCUUUUCUAGGGAUUUUUAACCAAAAUUUUGAGUCAUCUAAAAGUCUGAAAAUUGUCUUCUGGAAUAUAUUUUGCACUGGAAUUUUGCGUUCUGAAAAGAAUUUUUGACUGAAAAUUUUAACGGCCCUCGAAAUAUUGAAAAUUCAGAAAACCUGGGAAAAUUAAGGGAAUUUUUGAAACAGUGAAUAUUUUUCGAAAAGAUUUUCUGAAUUUUUUUGAGAAUUGAAAUUUUUCACUGUUUCAAAAAAUUUCUGAAUUUCCCCAGGUUUUUCGAGUUUUUUGAUAUUGUCAAAAUAUAGUUGGUCAACGACUAAAGUCGAGUCGAGUCGAUAAGCAAAAAAAUCGACUCGACUAACGACUCGAGUCGAGUCGUUGACCUUUUUUUUCUAAAAAUUUCACUGUUUCAAAAUUUAUACUUUUUAAGAGACGUUUUUUGCAAAAAGGUGAAUUUUAUUGAAAGGGCUCGGACAACAAAAAAGGUCGUAAUUUUAGAAUCGGCUCAAAAUUUUUUUCUUGAUCUAUGGAUGCAUGGUGAACAUUUUCCACCAUAUAAUUUUUCAUAAACGUUGCACCAAUUUGGUGGAGGGUGAACACGAAAAAGGGUAAUUUUUCAAAAAAUCAAAAGUCAGCUCAAAAUUCAUAAUUUUUGAUGAUCAAAAAAGGAUUUUGUAGCUCUUGAGACGCUCUAUAAGCCUGAAUUAACGGAAUUUUAAAACAUUUAGAGACAAAAUAGAAAAAUUGAAGAAAAAACUUUGACGCCAAUUUUCACCCCUUAAACGCAAUUUCCGCGAUUUCUCACUCGAUGCAUUGUGUCCGCCUUGCAAUUUUACGUCGGAAUAGUCAAUAAAAAUGGAAAAAAGGGGGACCCCCAGAAAAGUUUUGUAUCAGUUUUUAACUUCCACUCACGCGCGCAACACACAUUUACCCCCUACACACAUGUGUGUUGUGUGCAUAGGCGCUUGAAACAAACACAAUUACUGUAAUUUUUCUUUUUUUUUAUUAUUCGAGUAAAAAUAAAGAAAACUUCAAUGUUUUACCAGAAAUUCAGAUGUAAAAUAAUUUUCUAAUUAAGAAUAGAACGACCAUUAUUCAUUCCGAUAAAACAUUUGUUUUUUAUAGACUUUUUCUUCUAAAGUAUCUAGAUUUUGUGAUUUUUAUUCAUUUUCUCAGUUAGUUAAAAAUAAUUCCUAGGACCAAUCCAGUCCACACGAAAAAAAGACUCCAAUCUCAUUCCUUAUUGCUUAAGACAUCAAAAUAAGCGGAUUGGGUUAAAGGAGUCACUUCCGAGGUACAUUUUUUUCGAAAAUAUUACUUUUUUCAAUUCCGCAAACUUUAUAAGAGAAGAAAAUGAAAUAUUUGAAACAUUAAAAAAUUUCUCAAUGUUGGAAUAAUACCGAAUCAAAUCUUCUGUUGAUUCCAUUCUAUUAAAUUUUUCAUUCAUCGAGUUUGCAGUUUUUUUAGUUGAAAUAUUGUAGUCGAAAACCUCCAGUUUACACCAUAAUCUCUAUUUGAGAAUGUUCAAAAGAUGAAUUUGUCAUAUGUUUAUCAGGAAGAGUGAAUCUACUCCAAAAAUAUAUUGUGCUCAAAUCUUGACUAUGGCCUGAAUAAAAACCUUGGCAGAGCACUGGAGAAUCAUAGGAGUUUUAAAAUGAGACAUUAAUAUUAUUUCAUUUUCUUCUCUUAUAAAGUUUGCGGAAUUGAAAAAAGUAAUAUUUUCGAAAAAAAUGUACCUCGGAAGUGACUCCUUUAACCCAAUCCGCUUAUUUUGAUGUCUUAAGCAAUAAGGAAUGAGAUUGGAGUCUUUUUUUUCGUGUGGACUGGAUUGGUCCUAGGAAUUAUUUUUAACUAACUGAGAAAAUGAAUAAAAAUCACAAAAUCUAGAUACUUUAGAAGAAAAAGUCUAUAAAAAACAAAUGUUUUAUCGGAAUGAAUAAUGGUCGUUCUAUUCUUAAUUAGAAAAUUAUUUUACAUCUGAAUUUCUGGUAAAACAUUGAAGUUUUCUUUAUUUUUACUCGAAUAAUAAAAAAAGAAAAAUUACAGUAAUUGUGUUUGUUUCAAGCGCCUAUGCACACAACACACAUGUGUGUAGGGGGUAAAUGUGUGUUGCGCGCGUGAGUGGAAGUUAAAAACUGAUACAAAACUUUUCUGGGGGUCCCCCUUUUUUCCAUUUUUAUUGACUAUUCCGACGUAAAAUUGCAAGGCGGACACAAUGCAUCGAGUGAGAAAUCGCGGAAAUUGCGUUUAAGGGGUGAAAAUUGGCGUCAAAGUUUUUUCUUCAAUUUUUCUAUUUUGUCUCUAAAUGUUUUAAAAUUCCGUUAAUUCAGGCUUAUAGAGCGUCUCAAGAGCUACAAAAUCCUUUUUUGAUCAUCAAAAAUUAUGAAUUUUGAGCUGACUUUUGAUUUUUUGAAAAAUUACCCUUUUUCGUGUUCACCCCCCUCCACCAAAUUGGUGCAACGUUUAUGAAAAAUUAUAUGGUGGAAAAUGUUCACCAUGCAUCCAUAGAUCAAGAAAAAAAUUUUGAGCCGAUUCUAAAAUUACGACCUUUUUUGUUGUCCGAGCCUAUUUGCCUUUUUGCAAAAAACGUCUCUUAAGAAAAAAAAACAGUGAAUUUUUUCUAUUUUUUUGAAUGGAUUUUUUGUCCAAAAUUUGAGUCUGAAAAUUGUCUUCUGGAAUAUAUUUAGCACUGUAAUUUUGGGUUCUGAAAAGGAUUUUUGACUGAAAAUUUUAACGGCCCUCGAAAUAUUGAAAAUUCAGAAAACCUGGGAAAAUUAAGGGAAUUUUUGAAACAGUGAAUAUUUUUCGAAAAGAUUUUCUGAAUUUUUUUGAGAAUUGAAAUUUUUCACUGUUUCAAAAAAUUUCUGAAUUUCCCCAGGUUUUUGAAUUUUUCUAUUAUUCAGGACAGUUGACAAUUCAAAUUUUCAGUCAAAAAUCCUUUUCAGAACCAAAAAUUACAGUAUUCUGAAUUUGGUAUUACAAGAAUUUUUGACUGAAAACUUGAAAACCAGUAAUGUCACAGUUGAUUAAAUUUUCAAAAACCUAAAAAAAAAUAUAUGCAUUUUUUGAAACAGUAAAAAUUUUCUACAUUUUUUAAGGGAUUUUUAGCCCAAAAUUUGAGUCAUCUAAAAGUCUGAAAAUUGUCUUCUGGAAUAAAUUUUGCACUGUAAUUUUGGCUUCUGAAAAUGAUUUUUGACUGAAAAUUUGAUCUGCAGAAUAGCCCUGAAUAAUAGAAAAAUGCAAAAACCUGGGAAAAUUUAGGGAAUUUUUGAAACAGUUAAAAAUUUCAGUUGCAUUAAUGUUUUUCUGAUAAUUUAAUGUUGAAUAUUUUCUGAAACAGUGAAUUUUUGAGGCAUCUUAAAUUUGUAAAACAGUGAAAAAAUUGGAGCUUGGAAGUUUUUGAACAUGAAAAAAAUUCACUGUUUCAAAAUUUAUAUUUUUAAAGUUUUUACAUAAAUUUUUCAUUCCCAAGUCUUCAUUAAUAUGAUAAAUAAAAAUAAAAAUAAUGAUUUUAAGAUCAAAAUUUUGCUGGAAUUCCGUGUUUAACUAAUUAUUCACUAGACUCUCUAAUAUACUUUGAACUUAAAAUUCUCUAACAUUUUUUUGAGAAAAAAAUUGAAAACUACUGAUAUUCACCUAAUUUGCGAGAACUAUCGAAAAUUCAGAAAAUCUGGGAAAAUUUAGGAAUUUUUUGAAAUAGUGAAAAAUUUCAGAUCCGAAAAUUUUCAAAAUUUUUUUUUCAAAGUAGAAAAUAUUCACUGUUUCAAAAAUUCCUAUAUUUUCUCACAAUCAGGUUUUUGAAUUUUCAAUCUUUCGUGGGCCGUUUACAAUUCAAAUUUUCAGUCAAAAAUCAUUUUCAGAACCCAAAAUUACAAAGCUAAAUAUGUUCCAGAAGACAAUUUUCAGACUUUUAGAUGACUCAAAUUUUGGGCAAAAAAAUCCCUUCAAAAAUAUAAAAAAAAUAUUCACUGUUUCAAAAAAUUCCUAUAUUUUCACAGGUUUUUCGAGUUUUUUGAUAUUGUCGUAAAGUACACUCCAAUUUGAAUAAUUCAAAAUCCUGGGAAAUUUGUAAAUUUUUUGAAACAGUGAAAAAUUUAGCUUUGAAAAUUUUUUUGGGAAAAAAAAUAGAAAAUCAAAAAAAAAUAUUACAACAUUUUUUUCCAAAAAUUUCACUGUUUCAAAAUUUAUACUUUUGAAAUUUCUAGUUAUUUUUUUCAUUCACAGGAAUUUUCAAAACAAAAUAAAUUUCUAGAUUCUCUGAAACAUCUGUAAGGAUAAUUGAAAUUAAUUCUCAAAAAAAUUUUUCCAGGCCUUGGGACUUUCUGACGAUAUUGAUGAACUUCUAAAUAGCCUAACUCCAGAAGAACGCGAAGCUUUUCGACAAUUGGCCGGUGAAAUGCAAGAAGAAGAACUUGGCCUAAAUCAAUCAUGUUUUUCAGGAGCUAGCUAA